AUGUCGGCCGACGAUGCAAUCGCCCUUUUCAAACAACGGCUAGUGGAGGUUAAAGCACGGUCGCGACGUGUUUUUGAUCCAGCUCUCGCUCCUGGUGUCUAUCGACGUGAUGACGCAUGGGAAAUCAGACCGUGUUUGCAGCCCAUCAAGCCAGCUCCUGAUCAAUGUUGUGGAACAGGUGAAAGCACGCAAAUCUUUCUCACUCCAUCGAUAGAAUUCAUAUCCUUUGUUUCAGGUUGCACUCCAUGUGUCUACGACGUGUUUCGGGACGAGGUGGAUGUUUACAAUCGCAACACCCAAACUCUUAACGAUGAGCUAAAGAGAAGGCUCGUUUCUGUUGAAGAUCUAGGAGAUUUCGUGCUAAUCAACAAGGCGUCAGAUGACGAGCUGUUGUCAAACAAUGCAGAAGUCGUGCUGGUUGCAAAGGAGUACAGGCCUUUUACGAUUACUGAGGUUUUAAGAGUUGGAAGUUGUGGAUUACAUAUUGUGGGACAAGUUCCGCCAGAUCCCGUCCUGCGUAUUGAACGUCGCCUCAAUCUGUCAGCAAGCCAGCACUUGCUUUGCAGAUUACAUGCUGAGAAUGGUGAAUCUGUAACACGACCGUAUACCCCAACUACCCAUCCUCAUGUGUUUGGGAGAUUUGAUCUGAUGGUAAAAUUGUAUCCUAGUGGCAAAAUGUCUCAUUUGCUUGAAUCGCUGAAGCCUGGAUCGACUGUGGAUAUGAGAGGUCCUAUAGAUCCUAUAGAUGAAGUUACGUAUACUCCUGGCAUGGCUCGGCACAUUAUAUUGAUUGCUGGAGGCUCAGGCAUAACGCCAUUCUAUCAAAUCUUGCUCUCGAUCGAAGCAAAACAGCCCAUCUUUCCAACUCGAAGCACGCUCAUAUAUUCAGCACGGACAGUCGAAGAUUUGUGGUUGAGAAAAGAUAUUGAUACUAUUGCACGUCGUAGUGCAGGACGUAUCGCUGCGAAUUAUGUUAUAUCCAAGCACAUAUCUAAACACCAACGGAUUCCAAACUUGAAACUUCCAUACGGACAACGUCUCACACGACAGACUCUUGAAUUGUUGCUUCCCGCUGUUCUGGAUCUGGAAAAUGAGUCUACUAUUAGGGUUAAUGAAGACGGGGUGCUUGAUUAUGUUGUCAUGAUCUGCGGACCAGAGUCAUUCAACAAGGACGUGUCUUGUUGGAUGAAAGAACUAGGAUAUGAGCGUAUACACAAACAAAUACAUGGUUGUAAUUUAUUAGCAAUUGUAGAUGCAAUGCCUCGAACUAGAGUCUCAUUCUCCGAGAGUAUGGAAGCAAAUGGCAAGAUCACUGAAUAUCAUGAAAAUGCCUCUUCGUCUGGCAAAUUUCGAAAGAACUACAGCGUCACGGUCUCCACUGAUUCACUUGAAUAUACAUAUACAAACAUCAGCCAUGAACUGCUGAUGUCCUACUUACGAUCCGAUCGUAACCGUGUCCAUCUGGCAUCAUCAUCACCCCUCGAGCCAUCAUCAUCGGAGCCAGCUCUUGACCCGGAAUCAGACGAUGCAAUGGUCGACGAUGAUCUACGUCCUCAUCAUGAUCAUCGUCCUGCUAGUAUAGUAAACUCGACCAAGUCCGAAUCACACGCCGCUGCCACAUCAUCGUCAUCACCUGACAGCAAACAAACUCCAACAAACAACACACCACAAAAGAGAAAGAAGAACAGCAAGAACCAACGUACUGAUAGCAGUGAUGAUGAUCCUACUCCAGUUGUUGUGAAUGAUAAGAAGCCGUCGCAGCAAGUCAUGCAGCGAAAACAGAAAAGGCAAAAGACUGAUGAUAGUAAUAAUAGUGGUAGUGCUGCUCGACUUGUCAAAACAGAAGAAUCAUCAUCUGCAAGUGCUGUCACGCCGGUCGUGACUCCAUCACCAUUUAUGUGUGCUGCACCAACUGUAUCAAUGACACCUGCUGUCAAUCCAACAUCAACUUCAACUUUUGGAUCUGCUUCAUCGCCACCACCACACAAAGUUUUGAAGGGGAACGAUCUUGCAUUGUUGGGAAAUGAUGGACAAGAUUCUGGUCGGUUCUUGGAGUUGAUACGUCAAGGUAGUCAAGUCGUCUCGUUCACUCAAACAUUUGGUUUAUCAGUUCUGAUUGUCAUGCCAAGUGGCAAGAUUCAACGCUUCCCAUUCGUCAUGGAGGACAUCUCAAAAUACUCUUACGCAAUGGAACUAUACGCAACAAAACCACCAAACUCCGACAAACUGUAUCAUACUGCUGGCGCAACAAUUGCUGGCUGCCUUUCAUUUGGUGGCAAGAUUGUUUAUGCCGAAAAAGUGUCUCGAAAUGUCGUUUACAUUCGUCGUGGUGAUUCAGCUGAAGUGGAAACUCUGUUUGAUGUUGGUACGUUGACUUUUAACGCCAUUGUGGGAUGA